AAAUAACAAGAGGCGGCCCUCGAUGCGCAGAGCAACUCCACUCACUCUAGAACCAAGACCGAUAAAGGGGAGCGGGCUUUCCAUUCAUUUCAAGCGCAACUUUUCUUCCACGAGUCUGUGGCGCGAGUCCGUUCACUGAAUGUAAGAGUAACUUUUUUCGUGUUGUUACGUUUUGGGGGUUUUUUUUUCGUUUUGUUUUUUUGUUAUUUGUUUUACCUGAAGAGACAAGCAGCCAUCCACAGAGCAGAAACUCUGCGCGGCAUCCACGCCGGGAAGUUUGUUUUCCCGUUGAGUCGUUUGACAUUUCUUUUAAGGACUUGAGAGCCUGACAGAGUAACUUCACCGAACGCGUGGUGUGGGAUUUUCUGCGUAAACGGGGACUUCUUCAAUGCAAAAGUAUAUGUAUGAGAAAGCGAUGGCUCAAGAGACAAGGAACGGAGGAACCUCUACGUUAAAUAACAACAAUGGUGUUGACAACAGUAAGAAGAAGCUGCUAAUAGCGCUCGACAUCAUCUGCCUUCUUCUUGCUAGCCUGCCUUUCCUGAUCAUUGAGACUAGCACCAUAAAGCCGUACCAGCGUGGGUUUUACUGUUCGGACGAGUCCAUCCGCUACCCCCGAAAAGAGGGAGACACCAUUAGCGAUGCCGUGCUUUGUGGUGUUGGCAUUCUUAUUGCCAUCUUCUCUAUUGUCAUUGGAGAAUGCUACAGAAUUCAUCAACUACAUGAGGGAACAAAGUCAUUUGUUGGGAAUCCCUACGUGGCAGCGCUCUACAAACAGAUGGGUGUGUUCCUCUUUGGCUGUGCUGUCAGCCAGUCAUUUACAGACAUCGCCAAGGUGUCGGUGGGUCGCAUGAGACCCCACUUUUUGGAUGUGUGCAGACCGGACUUCUCCACCAUCAACUGCUCACUGGGAUACAUCACCAACUACACCUGCACUGGUGACGAGAGUGACGUGCAGGAGGCCAGAAAGUCGUUCUUCUCAGGACACGCCUCCUUUUCGCUGUAUACCAUGCUCUAUCUGGCUUUCUACAUCCAGUCCAGAUUCACAUGGCGUGGUGCUCGUCUCCUCCGCCCGCUGCUCCAGUUCACCUUGCUGAUGAUGGCCUUCUACACCGGACUGUCUCGAGUCUCAGACCACAAGCACCACCCGACUGAUGUCCUCGCCGGCUUUGUGCAGGGAGCCCUGGUGGCCUACUGCAUAGUGUUCUACGUGUCAGACCUGUUCAAACCCAGGGUGAAGGCCACCACGCCCCCACCCUCCCCGAUCAAAAAAGAGCUGCUGCCUUCGUCCGACAUCAUUGAAAGAAACAACCACCACAACAUGGUGUGAGCGAGGCCACAUCUUCUUCCUGCAACCGAGGAGCCAAUCACAGUGCUGCUCACCUCCCAUCGGACAGUAGAAUGUAGCGACAAGAGACUGUAGCUGCUUCUUAAAUGGCAUCCUCCUCCUCCUCCUCCUCCUCCUCCUCUUCCUCCUCUUCCUCCUCCUCCUCACCCCAACCCCUUGUUUUUUUUUUUUUGUUUGUUUGUUUUUCUCACUGUGCCUCACCAGACACUUUGUGGACUAGGGUGUCAGAUUUGCACAGCAGAGUCCACUCUCACUAUCCAGACUUAUAAUUUGCUAUAACUACUAAUCAAUAUUUGAGCCCAUCCUUGUGAGCACAAACAUUAUAAAAGUUUAAAAAAAAAAAAAAAAAAAAAAAACAUUGGAAGCUGAAAGGAUAAAUUUAACGCUCAGAAGAAGACUUGACAGGCAGAGCUGAGGGUGUGGAGGGUUGAUGGAAGUACAACCACAUGAAGGGAAAACAUGAAUGAAGAAACGAGACUCAAAGAUCAG